AUGAUCCACUCUUGUUCACUAAUGCGUAGCAUAGGUAAUAGUCUGGUCGAGUUAGCGAUUUAUCGCAAUCCUUUUCUGAGCUCAUCAAGACUUCUUGUAAGAAUUCCCAGUUUUACGGACAGACGCUACAACGGUACUCACUGUUCGGUACGAAUUUUCAGAGCUUUCACAGCACCUCAACGACAUCAAUUGUUAAAACAACUGAGAAAAACACCCUCAGCUUCGACAAGCAUUAGAAACUGCUCUUACAGACGUAACAACAUGUGCAGACUCCAUGAUAACCCAGACGCCCUCGCCUCUGCAAUGAUAACUCAAAGUGGAAGAGAAAUUCUACCUUCCAAUGUAAUUCCCAGACACUAUGAUAUUACUUUAGAGCCGAAUUUUGAAAAUUUUACCUACAGAGGCUCAGUUAAGAUUGACCUGGAUGUCGUAGAGGAAUCCACUUCUAUUUCUCUAAAUACUCUUGAACUUGAGAUACAGAGUACAAAAAUUUUUUCAGAGACAGCUCUUAUUAGCUCUGAUCCUAUUCUUUCGUACGAUGAAUCGACUCAGACGACAAAAAUUUUGUUUCAAAAGCCACUUCCCAAAGGCUCCAAAGCAAAACUUGAAAUGCAAUUUACAGGCCAACUCAAUGAUAAAAUGGCUGGUUUCUACCGAUCCACGUACAAGAACACAGAUGGAAGCAUUGCCGUACUAGCCACAACCCAAAUGGAACCUACCGAUGCCCGUAGAGCAUUUCCUUGUUUUGAUGAGCCUGCACUUAAAGCUGCGUUUACCAUUUCAUUGAUCUCUGACAAAGAUCUCACCUGUUUAAGUAAUAUGAACGCAGUAUCUGAGGUCGAGGUCCAGUCUGAAGUUGAUGGAAGCAUAAAAAAAGAAGUAAAAUUUGAGAAAUCACCUUUAAUGUCAACUUAUCUUGUUGCUUUCAUAGUUGGGAAACUUAAUUGCAUAGAAACGAAUAACUUCAGAGUACCCGUCAGAGUAUACGCGCCACCUAACCAAGACAUUGAGAAUGGCAGAUUCUCUCUUGAGCUUGCAGCCCGAACGCUUGAAUUCUACGAGAAGACUUUUGACAGCAAAUUUCCUCUUCCAAAAAUGGAUAUGGUCGCUAUUCCAGACUUUGCUGCUGGAGCCAUGGAGAAUUGGGGACUUAUCACUUAUCGAGUUGUCGACCUUAUGUUUGAUGAGAAAACCAGCGGUGCUUCAGUUAAGCAAAGAGUUGCCGAAGUCGUUCAACACGAACUUGCACAUCAAUGGUUCGGGAAUCUUGUGACCAUGGACUUUUGGGAUGGACUCUGGCUGAAUGAAGGGUUCGCAACCUGGAUGUCGUGGUAUUCUUGCAAUGCUUUUUACCCUGAUUGGAAAGUUUGGCAGGGAUAUGUCACAGAUAAUCUCCAAAGUGCCCUCUCCCUAGACUCACUACGAAGUAGUCAUCCAAUCGAAGUACCAGUCAAGCGGGCAGACGAAGUCAAUCAGAUUUUCGAUGCUAUCUCGUAUUCCAAAGGGUCUUGUGUUCUCCGUAUGAUAUCCAAGUAUCUAGGUGAAGACAUAUUCAUGGAAGGUAUUCGACAAUACCUAAAGAAGCACGCCUAUGGAAAUACGCAGACUGGUGACUUGUGGGCUGCACUCUCCGCAGCAAGUGGAAAGGAGAUAGAAAGCGUCAUGAACAUUUGGACAAAACACGUAGGGUAUCCUGUCAUAACAGUGACGGAGAAUGAGGCUGAGAAGUCAGUUCAUCUUAAGCAGAACCGAUUCCUCCGGACUGCAGAUGUAAUGCCAAACGAAGAUGAGAUUUUAUAUCCUGUAUUCUUGGGCAUGCGUACUAAAAAUGGAAUUGACGAAUCUUUAGUACUCUCGACUCGGGAGGAGGAAUUUAAAUUACCAGAUUUAGAUUUCUUCAAGCUAAACGCAGAUCAUAGUGGAAUUUACCGCACCUCAUAUUCUCCAGCUCGAUUAGAAAAACUCGGAGCAGCAGCUAUGUCUGGGCUGUUAUCAGUUGAAGAUCGUGCUGGCAUGAUUGCUGAUGCAGGUGCACUCGCUGCCUCUGGGUAUGGAAAAACGUCUGGAGUAUUAAAGUUACUCAAAGGAUUUAAUUCCGAAAAAGAAUUCGUAGUAUGGAAUGAGAUCUUAUCUCGUCUUGGUACAAUUCAGGCCACUUGGAUUUUCGAAGAUCAAGACGUCCGAAGCGGUCUGGAGGCCUUCCAGCGAGAACUAAUUAGCGAGAAAGCUCACCAAGCCGGUUGGGAAUUUAAGGAUAGCGACGGACAUAUAGAACAGCAAUUCAAGGCACUGCUUUUCGGCAGUGCAGGUAUGUCAGGCGAUCCUAAAAUUGUCAAAGCUGCGCAGUCAAUGUUUACAGCAUUCUCCGGUGGGGAUUAUUCAGCCAUUCAUCCUAACAUUCGUGGAAGCAUAUUUGGAAUUGUGCUGAAGUACGGAGGGGAAACCGAGUAUGAUUUUAUUCUGAAUACCUACAGAAAUUCUAAGAAUACCGAUGAGCGUAAUACUGCGCUUCGAUCACUCGGAAGGGCCAAGGACCCCAAACUGGUUCAGAGAACACUUGAACUGACUCUUGGAGGAGAGGUGAAAGAUCAAGACAUUUAUCUUCCGAUCAGUGCUCUUCGGACACAUCCAGCAGGAAUAGAGAGCCUUUAUUCUUGGAUGAUGGAAAACUGGGACGAACUGACCAAGCGUCUUCCGGCUGGACUUUCAAUGCUUGGUUCAGUAGUGUCGAUGUGUACAUCGGCCUUCACCAGUGAUGAUGAUCUGACUCGGGUAGAGAAGUUUUUCUCGGAAAGAAGCACCAAAGGAUUUGAUCAAGCUUUGGCUCAGAGCUGCGACAACAUCAAAUCCAAAGCUGCGUGGCUGAAGCGUGACAGACAAGAUGUUAAGGAAUGGGUCGAUUUAUAUGUGAGUAAGGCUGGGUCUCGGUGCACGCUUUAG